GUGUGUGUGUGUGUGUGUGUGUGUGUGUGUGUAUCGCUGUAUCUUCCUCCUUCAAACUCUCGCUGGAAUCGAAAGUGAAAGUUCACAGUUACACGCCGGAUCAUCGGACAGGAUGCACGGGUGAAUAUAUCCAUACAUGUGGGGAAAAAAAGGAUCGAUAAUCUAAAAAUGUCAACGCUCCCAUUCGAAGGAGAUCACUAUGAAUCAUGAGCGUGUAAAUAUGUUCACAGAGAGACUAGACAACUUCACCAUCUCAGAUUACCAUGGCCUGAACAGUCCAGGUCUGACAUGCUAUUUGAACAGCGUGCUUCAGGUGCUUUUUAUGACUGAAGACUUCCGGGGUUCAAUAAAAAGUUCUUCAAAUUCCCCUUUGUGCUGCAGUGAAGGUUCGACAACCAUUGACGCACUCCUGGGAAAACUGUUUGAUGCCUUAGAGAGGGGUUUGGCUGAAACACACAGCUUUGUAAAAAAUCUGGGGAUCAGAGAUGCGUACGAGCAACGUGACGCUGCCGAGUACUUAGAGAGGAUACUGUGUCUCACCAGCCCUGAGGCGUCCAAGACAUUCAGGGGAGAGCUGAAUCAUAAAACCACAUGCGUCAGGUGUAAGAAAAGGAUCGACUCCCGGAGCUAUUUUUGGAUUCUGCCACUUGCGAUGGAGAAUUCAUGCGGUCACACCUACAGUGUGGAGAGAGGGUUGAAGGCCUUCUUCAAGAAAGAACAAGUCUACGGGGAUAACAAGAUGUACUGCGCCCGGUGUAAUAAAAAGCAAGAUGCUGAGAUUGACUGUGAGAUGACACAAACUCCAGUGAUUCUGACUCUCCUGCUGAAGAGAUUUACCUUCGACUACAAGUGGAAGAGCUACGUCAAGCUUCACUGCAAAGUUGAAGUUCCCCAAACUUUACACAUGGAGAAUUGCAAAUAUGACCUCUACGCCUUAGUCAACCACUUUGGAAACCUCACAGGAGGUCAUUACACUGCAGAAAUCAAAUCUUUUGAAACGGGGGAGUGGUAUUGCUUCAAUGAUGCCAUUGUUAAGAAGGUCGGAAACUCCUCUCUGAGGUCCUGCACUGCGUACCUUCUCAUGUACAGGAAGGAGAGCACGCAUUCUGAUCAAAGCCAUGAAGUCGACCAGGAAGCUCAGUGCGCACGAUUGGACGUCGAGGCUGAAGGAAGACGAGAUGAGUCGGAGAGAGGAGAGGCUCUCGCUCCUCCUCAUCAGCUGAGGGAUGAAAGUUGCAGCGAGGAUGGAAACUUGAAGCACUUGAAUGGUGAUGCGUUAAAAAAGAGCUACGAUGAUGCUGUUUGGAAGAAACGGAAGGAUUCUUCUGGGGAAGUGGAAAAACGGCCAAAGAGAGCAACGUGUGUGAGACCACGCAGCGACAAAGAUGGUGGACAUCAUGAGCCCAACAAACAGCAUCUUAAUACAGACUCAGAGCACAUUGCAGCGCACUGUGACCUCAGGAUUCAGCAAAACCAUAAUUCCUUAAAGAAAAGACUAAAGCCUAAUGAUAUUGCCUGGGACAGUACAGGACAGAACAGCAUUGCUACAAAGACUGAUAGUAGCCCUAUAAGAAUUAUAGUGAAUCCUGCAGAAACUAAAGGUGUGAGAAGUGAAAGAGAGGUAGUAGCGGAGGUAAGCAUAGAAGGAAAAAGUAUCAAACAGAGAGCGGAGGCCGACGUCAGUGAAAAUGCAGGUGAUUCUGUUGUAAAGUCAUUUCAUGUUUCCUCCAAUAGCUGCUCUCUGACAAAGCAUCCGCACAGUAACUGUAGAAUGAAUGAACCCAGCCUAGGCAGAAAUUCAUGCAGCUCGAAGAGAAACCAGCAUGUUGUGACCUCAGGUGAAGGCUGCACACGGGACGCCACGCCAACUGUGAGAAAGGGAGAGAAACCCGUAAGUCUGAGGAUGACAAAAAACACACAAAAAAGAGAGAAGACAGACAAACAGCCAUGGAGGUGAUUAAAUGUGAAGGAUGAUAUCUUUAUUUUCAUGUGAUAACUGGUUGGAUUUUUUAAUCUGCGGCCUGUGAGUCAGUCUGUGAUCAGGGAUUUUUUUGUGUAGAUUAUAUAUGUCCUGCUUAAUAUUACUGGUUGAAAACUGUUACCAUUCACUUUGAUUUGUAACCAUAGUGUCAGAACUGUCCUGGUAUCCUAUUGGUUAAGAUGCAUUCAGUAUUCACAGUUAGGUUUCAGCCGGGGACUGUGUUGCUCAUCUCUCCCUCAUGUUUCCUGUCUGCUAAAUCCAAAAAAAAAGAAAAUUCAGUCACACACAUGCGUGGACAAUGUUUUUGUUUUGAUAGGAAAACCUUGCUAAUCGAUGCAGCUAUUAAUGCAGUGAAUACGGAACAUAUCUUACACUUUGGCCACUUUUUGCUCAGGAUUUCGACUGGUAUAACCAGAGGAAGGCUGUGAGCGUGCAUCAUGAAUACAGUAGAGGGAGUGCACGUGAAAGUAAUGGAGGCAUGUGGUGUGUACAGGAAAUUUAAUACAAGGACUCAUAAGUUAUGCACACAGCCUUUAUUAUCUGCAUAUCAUAGACAACGGCUUUUUAUUUACAUCUUACAUGAUCAUCUUUUUGAUACUGAAUGUGUAAUAAACAUCAGAAUAACAUUUUAGUCAUAGAAUAAUGGUAAAGUUUUAAUUAUAUAGUAAACUUCAUAUAACAGAUUGCCAAACAGUGUUCUUCACAAAACAUAAACAUAAUGGUUAAAAUGGGAAUAUGGACACAUUAAGAGCAAGAAGACAAGUCGAAGACAUUUAAACAAUAAAAUGUAUUGUCAUGUAUGUGGAUGAUGAUGAUGUUAUUUUUACUGUCAUAUAGAUAAUGAUCAAUUGAAAUAGAAGGCAAAUCAAAAACAUUUAAAAAAUAAAAUUGAUUGUAAGGAAAUUUUUUGAAGGUGAGAUUAAAUUAUAGUGUGUAUUUAGGUAAGAGCACGUUUUCUCUAAGUAAAACUCUAGUACAGCAUAUAUUUUGAAGUUCAAGGAUGAAAGUGAAAGUACAUUUUUACAGCUUCUUCCGGGAAUAUCAUCGGACGCCAUUACAGUCAGAAGUACUGCACGAAGAGAAGAUUGUGGCAAGAACACCACAAACAUGGUUAUCCGGGUGUUGGUGCAUGGUCUUAGAGGGGAGACGAAGUCAGUCGACCUGUGCGACACCGAGGAGCAGUUUAACAACCUGACGGUGCUGCAGCUGAAGCAGAAGAUAGUAGAGGCGGGUUUUUGCCAUGGCUUCGAUCAUGGAGAACGGAGGUUGAUCUUCACUGACAAGCAUUUGGACGAUGACUCAAGCCUGCUGAGAAAAUAUGGAAUCCAACACAGGUCGGUCAUCCAAAUCGCUGUACUGGUGACCGGGGGAGGAGGAUGGGAUCCUGGGAGGGGAGAUGGUGGUAUGGGGGACAAGGAAGGCAAAAACCGAAGUAUGGAAAGGCUCUCUUGUUUUUAAACCUCCUCAGGUUGUAUCUGUUACUUUCAGAGACACAUUUGACAUGUAACAUCACACCAGAGGGUUGCCAGAGCUGAACUCCAGAGAUUGCCCAACAGUUGCCUCAUGUGCCACUUUUGGUGCAACAUUUUUAGUGUGACAAAAAACCUUCCUCGUAACCCUCUGUAUGGAAUUCAUUCCCAUAUUGUCAUACCCACCCUGGUAUGUGCACACUCCACUGCCUGAUGAUAUGCACCCACUGUGUAAUAAUCAACCAUUUUGACAGUCACACAUUUGGAUGAAUUGUAUUUUCUUUUUAUUAUUUACUUUUAAUGUUGUAUUAACUGGUGUGUGACAAACUGACAUGGCUGCAAACCGGGGGACAGAUCAGAUGAGCUCUUAUCUGUAUAUUCGUACUAAUUAAUAGUUAGAAACAAGUUGUUGAUUCUCUCAGUUUCUGUUGUUCAAACGAUACGGUUGACGCUGUGCAACCGUUUCGAGUAAAACUCUAAAAUGUGUCCCAACAUUGUUUGUUUGACAGAACUAUUGUAUUCAUACUGAACACAUGACAAUCUGUGCCAGUUCUCCUACUAGUUAAUACUCUUUGCUUUGCAUGCACAUACCAGACUUUCCAGACCUUAGUCCUAAACUAAAGUCUUUUCCUGUCUCAUGGAAUAUCACCAGUCUCUGAAACACCUAAAUUAAUGUUUAAAACGUGUCAUCAUGUAUUUAGAUCAAAGUGUCUUUUCAAUCCUCAGUCAUUUUUCUUAAUGUCUGGAGACAGUCAUGAGCGUCAUAGUUGUUCUGUUAUAUUGGUUUUGACCUGUAGAUGGUGCUACAGCUCCUUCUGGGCCUUUCAUUGACUCUAACUCAGGUUUUGUUCCGUGUCAAAGGUUUCACAGGUCAUCACAUUUUUUUUACACUUAUACAGUUUCCAGCUUCACUACAAGUCUCUACUGUGUGUAAAAUAUCUGUUUGAUAUUGAGUUUUAUAAGAUUCAGUAUGAAAAUGAAUAUUAUUUUUGCUGUCAUAGAGAUUAUGAUCAAAAGACAAUUGACAAAUAGGACACACAAUAAAAUUGAUAGUAAAGAAAUAACAGUUGUAUUUGGAGUUGAGAUUGAAUUAUACUGUGUAUCUUGGUAAGACGUUUUCUCUCAAGUAAAACGCCAGUAUUGUAAAUAUUUAAGUACGUUUAUAAGUAAGUAAAUAAGUUUAAAGACGAACGAGAAAGUAGAUUUUUACAGCUUCUUCCGGCAUAAUCGUCGGACACCAUCAUCACAGUCAGCAAAUCUGCAAACACACACACACACACACACACACACACACACACACACACACACACACACACACACACACACACACACACACACAAAAGAUUGUGGGAAGAACAGCAGAAAUGGUUUUCCAGGUGUUUGUGAAAUAUAACGGCAGGGUGGUGGCGGCGAUCCACCUGUGCGACACCGAGGAGCAGUUUGAGAGCCUGACGGUGCAGCAGCUGAAGGAGAAGAUCAUAAAGACUGGUUUUUACAGCAACGACGAUGCCUACAGGUUGGUCUUCGCUGGCAGGGAUCUGCGCAUAGACUCCCGCCGGCUGUGUGAGUAUGGAGUCCAGGACUUGUCCACCAUCACAGUGAUUCACAGUCUGUUCGGAGGAGGAGAGGAUCCCGGCAGGGGAGAUGGUGGUAUGGGGGACAAGGACGGCAAAAACAGAAGUAUGGAAAAGCUCUCUGAUUUUUGAACCCACUCAUGUUCUGGUCCUUACCGAGACACAUUACACAUUCCACCUCAGCUUGAACUCCAAAAUGUCCCAACCUUGUCUGUUUGACACUCAAGUAUUCACACUGAACGCAUAAUCUGUAGCCUACCAGGUUUUCUACCAGUUAAUACUUAAUACUUUCCAUCCUUUUUAUAAUUCAAGUCAAAGACAGACCUAAACAGUGUCAUCAUUAAGUAUUUUAUUGGGAUUGGCCUAUAGUUGGUGCUACAGCUCUUUCUGGGCCUUUGAUUGACUGUGAUUGAUCUGUGUGAAACCUCAUUUUUACACUUGCACUUAAUUUCUACACUGUGUGGAAUAUGUCUGUUUUGAUAUAGAAUUUUAUAUGAUAUGUGAAUACAUGUUAGUGUUUUGCUGUCAUUUACCCUGUCCAACAAUCAGGAAAUGUAUUCACAUAUGAACUUGUGUGACCUGACAUCAUGGUCUUCAGCAAGGGGCAUGGCUAGUGUUUGAACUAUUUACAUCUGAACAAACUGACACUGCACCAGCUCUGCUAAACACUGAACAUGAACUGAACAUCCCUCUGAGACGCUGCGUUCUAAUUGGUCAAGAGACCAAUACAAAGAGCCAAUCACAAAACAUGAUGCUGCUGAUCCAGUUGUUAGAGGAAGGUCCCUGAGUCAUUUCCAACACCGCCUGCUCUGUCACCUUUACUAAUUGCUGCAGGGUUUUAUUUUGUGUGUGUUUCCUGACAGUUACAAGAAGUCACGUGAAUGCACGACAGAAAGUCUGGAUUCCCCCUCUAGAUAUUCACCUUUCAUUUUAUUUACUUUUACAUGUACAACCUGGGUUUGUUGCCUUGCUUGUGAAGUAAUGUAAUGGCUCAUAGUUGUACUUUUUAUGUUAUUGCAUUAUUCUAAAUAUCCAUAUUCUUCAUAUUCUUUAUUUAAAAUAAAGUAAUAAUGUCAAUA